CGUAUUUGACUACAAAUUUCAUGAACAUGGAACCUUUUUUGAUUGUUACCAUAGUAACGUUCUAAAAUGUAAACAAGUUUUAGAUUGGAGUUUUGGAGUUGACAUCUAUAGUAUUGAAAAGUAAAAAAGAGAUUAAUUAUAAUUUGCAAGUGACUCGUUAUUGGUUGAAAAUCUAUUGAAAAACAUAAAAUACAUCAGUGGACAUUGGAAGUCAGUAUCCAAUAAAACAACAAAAAUGGAUUCGCAAGACCUUUUAGCGCGUGAGAAUGAAUUUAAAAAACUUAACAGGCAAUUGGAAAAGAAAACAGAAAGUCUUAUGAAGGAAAUAGAACAUGUUAUGGAAAAACAAGACAUAUUUAAAGAUGUGUCACACAACCUGAGGUUAACACCUUCACCGAAAACUAUAAGAAAGCAUUGCUGUGAUUCUACAAGAACAUUAACACCCCAUAGUGCAGAUAAACAAAAAAAACUUGGAAAUAAAACAUGUAAUAAACAAAAAGAAAGACUUAACAAUUAUAAUGAGAAGACAAAUAUACUUAAUUCCUAUCACCAAGAACAAACUAAUUUUGACUCAAACCCACAAAAUAAUUUUAACACCGUACAAAUGUGUCACAAUUGUAUGUUCAAUGAAAAUGGUAGAUUAAAUAAUGAUAUGGAAUUCUUACAUGCGUUUGUUUCCAUUAAUGUUGAUGAUAAAAUACUGCCACAGACAUUUUUAAAAGAGCGUGUUUCGGUGGAGCGCGUGUGCAAGUUCCUGGCGGCCAAAGUGAAGCUACUGCAGGAGCAGGUGGACAAGAUGCAGGCUGCUCUCGAUAAGAAGAGUGCGCAGUGCGAGGGCCACCUGGCGCAGCUGGCGGGCCUGGAGGGCGAGCGGCUGACGCAGCUCAGCCAGGCCAACACCGCGCGCACAGCCGCUGCCGACGCUAAGGCUAAGUGCGCCGCGCUGCAGGCUAAGUUAGAAGAGAAGGAGCGGCAGUACGCGGAGGCGCGGGGGAGUGCGGAGCGCGCGGGGGCGGAGGCGCGGCGCGCGGGGGGCAGGGUGGGGGCGCUGCAGGCGCAGUGCCACGCCCACCAGCAGGCGCGCGACACCCUCGCACAGCAGCUGGAGACUGCCAGGAUGGCCGAGAAGGAGUUCCGCGAGGCGAGCCGCGCGCUGUCAGCGGAGCAGCAGCGGGCGCGGGGCGAGGCGGAGACGCGCUGGCGGGUGCUGGCGGGCGCCGCACACAGCCAGGCCGCGCUCAUACACAACCUGCGCACUCAGAACGCGCUGCUCGCUGCACACGCGCGUCUGGACACGCUGGACAACGAGUACACCACCCUCUUGAAUAAACACUCAUGA